AUGAGAUAUGAAACCACACAUACAGGAAGUCGUCUGUAUGUGACCAUCACACAUCUGAACAAAUCUGACUCUGGACAUUAUGGGUGUGGCUUUGAAAAACUCUUGAAAGAUCCAUACCAGGAGUUUAAGAUCAUCGUCACAGAUGCUACAACAGGUGUGCUGCUGUAUGUGGGUCUGACUCUGGUCCUCAUUGUGCUCCUGUUCUCCAUGGCUGUGCUGAUACUCUGCAAGAAAAUAGCCUCUAAACCCAAAGAACAUCCUGAGGAAACAGAGUGUGCUAAUGUCACAGAGGCCAGCCGAGUGUACGAGGAGAUCAGAGAGGGCGACGGACUGAGCCAAUUCCCUCCUGUGGAAAACUCAGUUGAAGCCUCAGAUGACUACAGUGUCGUCACUGCUACAGCAUCCCAUCCUCUGAGCAAAACUGAAGACGACUUGAAUGAACUCGACUACACUGAGGUAGAUUUGUCCAACAGAGCUGCCGCCUCACUCAGCAGCGCCCCCUCUGGUCAAGUCCCUAAUGUUAUCUACUCUGCGCUUCAGACACACACUGAUGCCAAAGUAGAGUCACAGCCUCUGUACUCAACUAUUACUUUACCUCAGCAGUAG